AUGAAGAUUAUGUCACUGAUCAAGAACUUCGAUACGAAGACUGCGGAGAAUUUUUCAUCGUGAAAAAGGAGGAGAAAAUAUUCGAGAAAUAUGGCCUCGAUGUGCGGAAGUACCAAAAGCCAUCCGGCUUUGACAACGAGCAGUUUUUACAGACCGGGAAGCUACCCUUAUCAGAGCGAAUAUUACCUGCCGCCAAGAUCAGCUUGGUACAGAGUGCCGCCCCACGUUAAUAAAAACGGUAAAAACACAACGAAAUGGAAAAUCGGUAGCGCUGUGCUAAUCAUUUCUGCGAUGCUAGUGCUAAUUGUCGUUUUAGCCGUUGCUGGUUUAGCUUUAUGGAUGGGUGCUCUCAGAAAUGAUCCCAAAAAUGCUGUAACAGGAUUUGCGUGCAGUUUUCGAGUGACGAGUGGAGAGCGUUACUAUCCGAUGUUGAAGCUGAACACGAGUAUGGCAUUCCGUGAGAAGGAGCGGAAGUACAAAAACAUAUUCGAGCUACUGUUCAGAAGAAGCGUGUUGGCUCCUGCGUACAAACAAACGUUUAUCGACAAAUUUGAAAACGGCACGCUUAAAGUAUUCUUCAGAGUUUAUCUCGACCGUAGGAAGAUACCGAAAUCCAUUAGCAAUGUCGAAGACACCAUAGCCGAUAUACUGGCUAAAGAAACUUACUCAACGUCAUCUUUGUUCAAAGACAUGGAAUUAGACUUGACGAGCAUCACGGUUAAAAAGCUCGAUCAAGACGGAGGAACAGCAAACAGACCGCAACAGCAACAACAGCAGCAAACAACGCGAAAGAAGAACACGAUGAUAACGAAAAACGGUCUUCUGCGACCAAGUAUCAGAAACACUUCAUCGACAUCAUCAUCAUCAUCACCAUCAUCAUCAACGACGACAUUGAGUCCGAUUAGAACGGAUCCAGACGAAGCAAACAUCGACUUCAGCAACAUACCGACGAUUCAAGGCACCUACAAAGUGACCAGACUGAACGGAACGAAUCGUCCAGAAAUCGCGGAGAGAAGUCGAAGCACUUCAACGACCUACAUUCCCCCGGAAACGACCGAGAGAAUGAUAAAAACAACGCGAAAAGACGUCGAACCAACGUCGAGCAGCACGGAAACGUCGAGACCGGAAUCUUCGAGCUCGACAUCUAAAGUAACGGAAGUUCCAACGACGAAGAAGCCCUUUAAGGACUUCAUGGAUCCGGAAUUUGAGACGUCGCCAUGGCGUCCGAUAAUCCCGGAAUUUGUGAACACGGAAUUGAAGCUCAAAGUGAACAACGAAACCGUUCCGUCGACGGUACCCGAAGUUUCCAGCGUCACGUCGAAGGUCGACGAACCCUCUUUGCUUCCGGUGUUCGAAGCGAUCGAGGAAACUACGAGCCCAGAGUCCGAGGAUUACAAGGACCGAAUAGUGCCUCAGGAGAUGGUGAACUUCAGGGUGAACGGCAAGUUCAAAAAUAAGAUACCGACUCAGCCAGCGGACGAACCGUUGUUCAGGGACGAAGUGGUGAGUCUACCGAUCGACAAGGAGCUCAGAGCUGAUUCGAUCGAGGUAGCGGACUCGGAACCGAUCCAGAAGACGUACAACGUCAGGGUCAGCUCGUUGGGCAACGUCCAGAUUCCUGGAACCGAAAGCAGCGCGAUUUCCGGGCUCCAGAGUGAGCCCAAAGUGGCGGGUAUCGGAGAGGCUGAGGUUGUCUUGGACAUCGAUGAGCUCGAGGGGAGAAAUCGGUUCUCCGAAAUCGAGGCUAGCCUCGAGGACGCCAUGCAGGACCGCAAAGCUGUUCUUCAGGAGGCGAUUUCGCGACGAGAACCGAUCUACACGAGCUACAAGAGCCCGAACUUGAACGGCGAGGCGAAACCGAUCCUAGUGGAGAAUCCGGGGACCUUGAGACCCUUCAGGCAUACGAUACCGGUCGACAAGAUAGCCGAAGUGGAGAACGAGGAUAAGGAUAAGGAUAAGGAUCGUGAUCAGAAUCAAGAGGGACCAUCAAAGCUGGAGGAGAAAUCGAAGCUGGAAUUCGAGGAGCAGCGACGACCGAUCAUCGAUUUGACGACCUCGAUAACGAUCGACGAUGACAAAACUCUGAAGCACCCAACAACCGAGGUUUACUCGGAGAUUCUUCAACCGUUGAACAAGAACGAAGGUCAGGAGUUUCAGAAGCCAAUGGAGAAGCUUCAGCAACGGGAGGAUCCGAGUCCUCAGAGCGUCGUUAACAUCGGUAGAAAUUCGACGUUCGUUGAGAUCGAGACUGUGAAAUACACGCCUGGUGGUGUGAAAAACGAUUCCCUGGUCAAGAGUGAUGUUGACAUUGAUCAGGAUGAAGCGACGAAGGAAUCGGAGCUGAAGUCAAAGGUCUACAACGACACUCUGAGGGCUAACGUCGUUGAGAAUCUCGUCACGUUGGCGCCGGCCAAAAGCAAUAGUGGAAUCGGUAGACCGAUUCGACCUCGACCCAGACCUCCAGGGUCUUCGGACAAUUAUACGGAAGAGAAUGACGACAGCGAGAGUGUCGAAGUAGCGAUGGAGGAUAUCGCCGAGGUAACCGAUCGAAGCUAUGAAAACCUGCAAGCCGGUGAUGAAGAGAAGCAUGAAGAGAGGACGGGAAGUCCGGACGAGUCAAAUCAGCCGGAUCGGCAAGUCGUAGAAGUGAUAACGUCGAUCAGCACGAGGGUAUCGGAACCGGAAGUGCGGAUUUCGGACUCAAAAAUCGGUGGAAGUCAACGAGCGAAGAUCGAGGCUCCGGAAUUUGAAGUAGACCGAUCGGAAGAGCCGAUUUCUGCCGAUUUUAAGAACCCAGGAAACUCCGAUAGGAAGAUACCAAGUGCUCAGGAAAGCAUUAUGCUUUUGGAAAAGUUGAAGCAGUUUGCAAAGGUCAGGACUGACACCUUGACGAUAUCGACGAAGCAGGAUGGCGAGGAUCAGGUUAAGGACGAUCAGUCGCACGCUCACUCGACGAUACCGAGACCGGAAGUACUGAGCGGGAACCAAGAUGAGCAACUGGCUAAUUUUGACAAGCUAACUAACCUCGCGACAGUUUUAAGCGAUGAUAAAUUCAUUUCGAGAAAUGAUACUAAAGACUUUAUACUCAGUCGUGACGGCAUCAAGAUUCCCACUAAAGUUCUGAUCAAAGCCGAGGAAAGGACGGAGAAAAUGCGAUCUAGCACCGAGGAAAAUCCGGUCGAGAAUAUCGGAGAAACGUGUCAGGGAUUUCAAUGCAACGAUGGUAAAUGCCUGCCAGCUGGUGCGAGAUGCAACAUGCUGAGAGAAUGCGCCACGUCCGAAGACGAGUCUAACUGUAGAUGCGGUGAUUUUUUAAAAGCUCAACUACUAUACCACAAGAUUUGCGACGGUACUCCUGACUGCUGGGACUACUCGGAUGAAACCGAUUGCGAAUGGUGCGGGAAGGGUCAAUUCGUGUGCGGUAAUAGCAGAGCUUGUGUGAACCCAGAAAAGGUUUGCGAUGGUCUUCGGGACUGUCCGAGCGGCGAGGACGAAAAAAAAUGCGCGGCUUUGAUCGAGGAGAACAUAUCUGUCGGCGAGGGUGACGAAGGGGUUGAAAUUGCGAGCCUCGAAUCAAGGGAUGUUGCAUCGGAAGAAGAAGAAGACGAUGAAGAAGAAGUUGAGGGGGAGGCGACCACAACGGAGGGCGGGAAUUUUUCACAGUGGGAAAAAAAUGAGGCUGAAGAGGAUUUUUCGGAUAUCGGUAAGAACAAAACCGACCAAGAGAUGAUGGAGUCGUCGGUCCUGGAGACGACGACGUUUCGCAUAGUGGUUAAAUCCGCGUUGGACGAAACGACGACGAGGAAAUCGCUGGAUUCAAAUGAUCAGGAAGCGUUGAAUUCCGAUGGGGGGGUUGUUUCCGGCAGGGAAAUAGCAGCGAAUUUAAAAUCGGCUGCAAUUCACGGGGGAAACUCUUUCCAUGCGGUUGAUAAAGGCUCGACGAAUCAUCAGAUAAGUUCGGUGAUCGGUAAUCCGUACGGAAGCGAGAUCGACGAUUAUAACAACAAAGGGUUUCUUAGUGUUCGAAAAAACGGCAAGUGGGGCAAACUUUGUCUCACCGGUAUGGACAACCUUCUGGAGAUGAAAAGGACCAUUUGGACCAUAGAGGAUUUGGGACGUGCCGUCUGCAAGGCUAUCACUUAUCAGGAUUACGAAAGGGUUGAAAAAGUGAGACUCGAGAGUGCAAAAACGCGGCAACACGAUUACUACAGUUUAGUAUACAACGAAAAAUCGGUGGAAAAAACAAGUCUAACAUUCAAAUCGUCGAACUGCCCAAGCGGAGAGGUUUUAAGGGUGAAAUGCAAGAAUCUUGAAUGCGGUGUUCGAACUCAAACGCCAACGCAGGCCAGAUGGCCUUUUUAUCGGGAUUCCAGGAUCAUCGGUGGCGAAAAUUCCGCAUCUGGAAGUUGGCCAUGGCAAGUUGCUCUCUACAAAGAAGGUGAUUACCAAUGCGGUGGGGCCCUCGUAAACGAUAUGUGGAUCAUAUCUGCAGCACACUGUUUUUAUCAUACCCAAAACGAAUACUGGGUCGCAAGAAUUGGGACAACAAGAAGGGGUAGUUUUCCGAGUCCGCACGAGCAGCUGAUCCACGUUAAUCAGAUAAUCCUGCACCCAGAUUACAUCGAUAAUGGAUUCAUAAACGAUAUUGCUCUGCUGAAACUUGAGCGCCCGGUAGUCUUCAGCGAUUAUGUGAGGCCCAUUUGUCUGCCAAAAACCGAACCAAAAGGUGGCGAAAUCUGCAAGGUUACCGGCUGGGGACAAUUGUUUGAAGUUGGCAGAGUAUUUCCCGACACACUUCAAGAAGUCGACUUGCCGGUCAUAUCUACGGAUGAGUGCCGUAGGAGGACGUUGUUUUUACCACUUUACAAAAUAACGUCAGGUAUGCUCUGCGCUGGUUUAAAAGAUGGCGGGAGAGACGCUUGCCUAGGAGAUAGCGGGGGGCCUCUGGUUUGCCCUGAAUCGAACAAUAAGUACACCCUGCAAGGUAUAACGUCGAACGGAUACGGAUGUGCGAGGCCCGGGAGACCGGGAAUUUACACAAAGGUUCACAGCUACGUGCCGUGGAUAGAGGGUGUGAUGACAAGCGAUGAGUUCACCUCAUCCUCGUCAUCGUCAUCGUCAUCGUCAUCGUCAUCGUCAUUGGAUUGCAAGGGUCACAGAUGCCCCCUGGGAGAGUGUCUUCCAAAAUCGCGUGUCUGCAACGGGUAUUUAGAAUGUUCGGACGGUAGCGACGAGCUAGGAUGCACAAUCGACUGAUUAA